GUCAGGUUGGUAUUCGCGCGGUCUUGUGAUCGAACAGCUGAAGGAGUCAGGAGACGGGUCGAACCAGUCGAACGCAUUUCCGUGCGAGAUUGUUUUCAAUAAAUCAACGUGAGAUCUCGACGGCAAUCAUGGUGGACCGUGCAAAUAUCAAGCAGAUGAUACCGGCGCUUCCGGACGAGAAGAUCGAUAUGCUGGCGGCCACGAGCGUGCUCCAGCAGCAGGCUGCCGACAUUAGGAGUCAGCGAGUUAAUUGGCAGUCGUAUUUGCAAUCGCAAAUGAUAUCGAAGGAGGACUACGACUUCAUAGCUGCCUUCGACUCCAACGACGCUAAGAUAAGGGAGAAUAAGUUGAAGGAGAAUCCGCACCAGGCGGCGAAAACCUUUCUCAAUUUGCUCGGCCACGUUUCCAAGGAUCAGACCAUCCAAUAUAUUCUCACAAUGAUCGACGAUAUGCUACAAGAGGAUCGCAGUCGCGUGGAAAUUUUCCGCGAGCACUCGACGCGGAAACGAGAGUCCGUCUGGGGGCCAUUCCUCAAUCUGUUAAACAGACAGGACGGCUUUAUCAUGAACAUGACGUCACGUAUUAUAGCCAAGUUGGCUUGCUGGAGUCACGAUCUCAUGGAAAAAACUGAUCUGCAGUUUUAUUUAACGUGGCUCAAGGAUCAGCUGAAACUUAGCUUCGAUGCCCUUCAGGAUCACACAGACUUGCAUGCGGGACUAGAACAAGAUACUGCUGUGGAGCAGGCCAAGGAGGCCAAUGACCUGCACGAAUUGCUCAACCCGAAUAAUGAGUACAUUCAAUCAGUGGCGCGAUGUCUACAAAUGAUGCUUCGUAUAGACGAAUAUCGCUUUGCAUUCGUGUCCGUCGAUGGAAUUUCGACCCUCCUCAGUGUCCUGUCUGGCAGAGUGAAUUUCCAAGUGCAAUAUCAGCUUAUUUUCUGUCUGUGGGUACUUACUUUUAAUCCUCUCUUGGCGGAAAAGAUGAAUAAAUUCAAUGUCAUACCCAUUCUUGCCGAUAUACUCAGCGACUCAGUUAAAGAAAAAGUAACGCGUAUUAUACUCGCAGUGUUCAGGAAUUUGAUCGAGAAAGUAGAAGACGGACAAGUUUCCAAGGAACAUUGCAUCGCUAUGGUACAAUGCAAGGUACUGAAGCAGCUUUCGAUAUUAUGCCAACGAAAAUUCGACGACGAGGACAUCACCGAUGAUAUCGAGUUCCUCAAUGACAAACUGCAAGCAUCCGUGCAGGAUCUGAGUUCAUUCGACGAAUAUUCGACGGAAGUGAAGUCUGGUCGUCUGGAAUGGUCUCCCGUUCACAAGUCGGGCAAAUUCUGGCGCGAGAACGCCAGUCGUCUGAACGAGAAGAAUUACGAGCUCUUGCGGAUUCUGGUCCAUCUGUUAGAGACUAGUAAAGACCCGCUUGUUCUCAGCGUGGCCAGUUUCGACAUCGGCGAAUAUGUGCGCCAUUAUCCACGUGGCAAGCAUAUAAUUGAACAGCUUGGCGGAAAACAGCGUGUGAUGCAGCUUCUCGGGCACGAGGAUCCUAAUGUCAGAUACGAGGCUCUCCUUGCUGUGCAGAAACUUAUGGUACAUAAUUGGGAGUAUCUUGGGAAGCAAUUGGAGAAAGAACAGACAGGUGCAUCCGGAGCACCCACCAACAAGCCUGGAACGCAAGUGCCAGCGAAAGCUUGAACAUUUACGCAACUUGUACAAAUAUUCUUUCAAGAAGGUUUCGAGAGUAUUAUAUAGUUCGCGUGAUAUAAUUAUAUCAUUCGCUUGUUACAAAAUACACAUAAUUCAAGAUAGUUACAUUCCCUUCCAUUACGUACCAUGUAAAAAAAGUAAAGAAGAUAUAUAUAAUCGAGCCCAUUUUCCCUCUGUGCGAGUUAAUUUUGUAACAUAAACUGUUGGUCCGAAUUGUGUAUAUACAGAUGUAUUUUACAUCGUGAAUAUGAGAUAGUAUACAAACGCCGGUGUAAUAAACUUCAUUGUGUAAUAGCUUUAUGAAUAGAAUUUGUUCUCUGGAAUGUUAGAAAAGGAAAAUAAAAUUUAUUCUGUUGAAAAA